AUGAACGUAUCGUCUGCCAAUGUGACCGUGGUUAUCGAGCAUCGAGACUCCUUCUCUAAAGCUUUGACCAAGAAUGUGAUCGUUGUGGUUCUCAGCAUCUCCAUCAACUACAUCAAUGUGGGCCUCAUUCAAACCUUUCGUAAACACCAGAUCUUCUACAUGAAUCCACGCUACAUCCUUUUCAUCCACCUGGUGUUCAACGACAUGAUCCAAGUGAUGCUGACCGUCAUGCUGUUCAUCAUCAGCUACAUACUCUACAAAAUAAAUGUCUCCGUCUGUGGCGCCUUCAUCCUGAUUGCUCUUUUCACCACUGAAAACACCCCUCUGAACCUGGCCUGCAUGGCGGUGGAGUGCUACAUCGCCAUCUGUCUCCCCCUCCGACACGUGCAGAUCUGCACAGUGAAGAGAACUGUAAUGCUGAUUGGUUUAAUCUGGGCGACCAGCAUGUUGUCUGUCCUUCCUGAUCUCUUCAUCACUUUGGCCACAGAGCCUCUGGACUUCUUUCACACCAGAGUCUUCUGCCUCAGAGAAACUGCCUUUAGAAAUCCCCACAUUAUCAAGAAGAGGGAUGUCACCUACAUUGUGUAUUUGGUUGUUGUUUGGUUUAUCAUCUUUUACACUUACUUUAAGAUCCUGUUUACUGCUCAAACAGCGAGCAAAGAUGCUAAAAAGGCCAGAAACACAAUAAUCCUUCAUGGCUUUCAGCUGCUGCUGUGUAUGUCGACAUAUGCAGAGCCGCUGUUAAAGGAGGGUCUGAUGAGAUGGUUCCCGAAGAAUUUUCCAGACAUUAUGUUUGCUUGUUAUAUUAUUAUACAGAUUCUGCCUCGAUCCAUCAGUCCAAUCAUCUACGGCAUACGAGACAAGACUUUCAGGAAGUACCUGAAAAGGUAUGUGUUUUGUGAAAGGAGUCCUAAGUAA